CUAUAACAAAUAAUUCAAGGAAGAAUAGAAAACAAGCCUUUUCUCUUUGAGGUUCACGCGCAUUCGAAAGCGUCACUCAGGAUAGAAUGUGAUGACGUCAUAAUGAAAUAGAACGUCGUGUGCGCUAAUAUAAUCUUAACACCGCCAAGAGUGUCAAACCAUAUCCUCAGUUUUCUCAGUUUUCUCAUUGCUGAUGCUGUUCGUAUUAUGGAGUUACCCGAGUCAACUAUGGCACUGAAGAGAAAACAUAGUUCUAGCGCUCAGGUGUACGACUCUUACCGCAGCAUCUCCUCAACUUUCAGCACCGAUGCGGCUAAAAACCAUCAGCCCGUUAGUGUUGUUGAGGAAAAUGAGAUGCCAUUGAGAAAGAGGAGGAGGUUGGAUAGUUUUGAGAAGCCGCCCGCUCUUCAUUUUUGUGAAUGGAGCGGCAACUCAGACCAAGAUACCGCUGCGAAAAGUGCUGAGGAUCAGAAUUCUCUACAGUACAGCGCCUGUGCUUUAGAUGAUGAUGGUCUUCAGAAAACUCUUUCCAGUGGUCUUGAACCCAAGCGGACAUCUUUUAACAUUGGCAGAAAGAGAAAACGAAGUUCUCACAGUGUUCAGGUGUACGACUCCCAUCAGAGCACUUCCUCAACAUCCAGCACUGAUGCGGCUGAAAACCAUCUGCCCAUUAGUGUUGGUGAGGACAAUGAGAUGCCAAUGAGAAAGAGAAGGAGGUUGGAUAGUUUUGAGAAGCCGCCCGCUCUUCGUUUCUGUGAACGGAGCGGCAGCUCAGACCAAGAGACCGCUGCGAAAUAUGAGAGAAGUGCUGAGGAUCAGAAUUCUCUACAGUACAGCGCCUGUGCUCUAGUGAAUCAUGGUCCUUCAGGAACCUGCUUCCAGCGGUCUUGAAGUCCUUCCUCCUGCAGAUCAGCAGGUUCAAACCCCUCCAGCUUCCAGUCCACCUCAGUCCAGUCAGUCCAGCACCAAAUCACAACAACAGA